AGUGGUUCAACAGUGGCGACAAUGCUGCCAUUGCUGCUGGGUAUUAGCAAGUUAGCUUACGUGUUUAGCUUUAAAUUCAGCCCCCAUCAGUAUGACAAUCGAAGACAUAACAAUUUAUUAAUUAUAGUUCGCUAGUGAAUCUACAGACUUACUCGUGUGCUAACGGUGUUUGGAUCGGUUCACUGAAACAGAGCGAAGACCAGAGGCGAAGACCCGAAGGUGAUUGCGCCACAAUUUGGAGAAAACCACAAAACCCAAGAUUCCAUAGGAAACCGAAGGCAGGAAGUGCUUUUUCAGUGACACCGGAAGUUCAAUGCGCCUCUGGCCCAACCAUCAUAACCAUCAUGCCAGCACUUCUUGAGAGACCCAAGCUGUCCAACGCCAUGGCGCGGGCCCUUCACAAGCAUAUCAUGAGAGAGAGGGAGCGGAAAAGACAAGAGGAGGAAGAAGUGGACAAAAUGAUGGAGCAGAAAAUGAAAGAAGAAGAAGAAAGGAAAAGGAAGAAAGAGAUGGAGGAAAGGAUGUCCCUGGAGGAGACAAAGGAACAGAUCAUGAAAAUGGGAGAGAAGCUCCAGGGGCUGCAGGAGGAGAAACACCAGCUCUUCCUCCAGCUGAAGAAAGUCCUCCAUGAGGAGGAGAAGAGACGGAGGAAGGAGCAGAGUGACAUGACAACUCUGACCUCUGCUACUUAUCAGCCCAGCAUGGCCAUCCACUCAGGACAGCACCUGCUGAGCAUGCAAGGCAGUCCAGUGAGUCAUGGUCGGCCUGGGGCUCUGUUAGGGGAACGCAGUAAACAACUGUUUCAGUCCCCUGUCGUUCCGGGGCGCCAUUUCCCGACCCAGCCUGGCUUCAAUGCUGGGAGCUCUGAACACGGGCAGUAUUCAGCCAGCCAGACUGGGCAUGGGCCCUACGGAGUGUCCCAGCCUCAGCACGCCUCCCCCUAUGCCCCCAGCCAGCCUGUCCCAGUCAGCUACGCCAGCAGCUCCCAGCUUAGAGGGGCCUCAGCCUUCCAGGCUAUGCAGUACCUCCCUCACCAGCAGCAGGGCUAUACAGUGCACAGCCACUUCACCUCUCAGCCAAGUUUUAUCCCCAGUGCUGGCAUACCCCUCCAAAAGCAGUUGGAACAUGCCAACCAACAGUCUGGCUUUACUGACUCGAGGCCCAUGCACCCCCAGGCUCUCCAUGCCAGUGCCGCAGGCCUCCUCCCCAGCUCCUCCAUCGCUGUCCAGAUUCCCUCAGCCAAGUCCGGUUUGUCAUACAACCACCCUCCCCGCCCAGCUUCUCCCGGGAGUUUUCCCCACGGGACACCCCCACAGCAGGCACAUUCGGCUACUUUCCAGAGCUCUCCACAGCAGACUCCUCGCCACACCUACCUUUCCCACAGCCAAUCAGGGCAGAGGUUCUAUCACCAUAGCAAGUAAUCUCUUCACCUGUGACCCAGGUGGAGGGGGCAGAAUAAUCUCAUGGUCUGUUGGUUUUCUUCUGAUCCCAAGAGGAGAUGUGAUCUUUUUUUUACAGACCAAUCAGGUAGUGCUGACCCUAAAUAUCUGUGGGGGCCCCUA